UAUAAAGCAAAAAUUAAGCGCAAAAAAUGGCAUAACAACAAUAGGUUUAAGUUGCCGCAGAGUUCAAAUUGGUUGUCGUAGGUGAUGGUGCAGUUGGUAAAACAACUUUUGUGAAGAGACAUUUAACUGGAGAGUUCGAAAAGAAAUAUCUAGGUACUAUUUUAUUUGAGUGUGUUUUUAGCCACAUAAGGAGUCGAAGUGAGCCAAGUUAUAUUCUACACAACUCACGGUCCCAUCAGAUUAGUCAUCUGGGACACUGCAGGAUAAGAGAAAUUAGGAGGACUCAGAGAAGGCUAUUACAUCGGAGCUAAUUGUGCAAUCAUUAUGUUCGAUGUCACAUCUAGAAUCUCCUACAAAAAUGUACCCAAAUGGCAUAAAGAUCUCACCAGAAUUUGUGAAAACAUCCCCAUUGUCUUAGUCGGCAACAAGGUAUCUAAUUCAUAUUCAACACUUUUAGGUUGAUUCCAAAGACAGAAAAGUCAAAGCAAGAUAAAUCACAUUCCACAGAAAAGUCAACAUCCAAUACUAUGAUGUCUCAGCCAAAUCUAAUUAUCAAUAUGAAAAGCCCUUCUUAUAUUUAUUGAGAAGAUUGGCCAAGUAUUUAACUCUCUCUAUUCUAGUGAUGCCAACUUAGCCUUAGUCUAAGCCAUGGCUCUCUUGCCUCCUGAAAUCCCCAUUGACCCAGAAUAUGCUGCUCAAAUUGAAAAGGAAAGAUAAAAUGCUGAAAAUCAACCAUUACCUGAUGAAGAAGAUGACGAAUUCAAAUGAUGUUUCAAUGUUCAUACAAUUAUCAUAAUUUAAUAUAACAUUAUCC